AUGAACGAAGUUGUGGUCGAUCGCUGCAGUAACUUGCAGUCCCACACAGCCAAAAACGAUAACGAGGCUGCGAUCGUAACCUUUCCCGCGUUUCUUCUCCUUUUCCACCUCUUUUUUUCAUCUCUCUCUUUCCCCCCUCUCUCUCUCUUUCACCCCCCUCUUUCCAUCUCUCUCUCUAUAUACUCUUCUCUCUUUCCACCUCGCCCUUUCCACCUCUCUGUCUUUCCACCUCGCUCUUUCCAUCUCUCUCUUUCCACCUCGCUCUUUCCAUUUCUCUCUCUCUCUCUCUCCACAUUUCUCUUUCCACCUCUAGCUUUCCAUCUCUCUCUCUCUCUCUCUCUUUCCACUUCGCCCUUUCCACCGCUCUGUCUUUCCAAUUCGUUCUUUCCAUUUCUCUCUCUUUCUACCUCCCUGUUUCCAUCUUUCUCUCUUUCCACGUCUCUCUUUCCACAUCUCUCUUUCCACCUCUCUGUGACUGCAUUUUUAUUGCUGGUAAUAUUUUUUAUCUAUCUAUCUAUCUAUCUAUCUAUCUAUCUAUCUAUCUAUCUAUCUUGCGAUUUGAUUUUUAUUGUUGGUAAUAUUUUUGUUGGUAAUAUUUUUAUCUUAUCUAUCUAUCUAUCUAUCUAUCUAUCUAUCUAUCUGGUUUGUUUUUCAAAUUUAUCUUCUUCAUAUUUCUCUUAUUCAUAUUCUUCUCUAAAUUCUUCAUCUUCUUUCAUUCGUCUUCUUAAAAUUCUUCCUAACUUUUAUUUUUCUUCUUCUUUAAUUCUUCUUAAAGAAUUUUUUCUUCACAUUCUUCUUCUUAAAAAUUCUCCUUAA